AUGGCAUCCUGUUCGCGGCAUGCGGUCACAUCUGCCCUUCGCGGCACCACAAAGGCCCUAACAAGCCGCCGACAACAAUCGCUCGAACAGCAAUUUCAGUCACUGCGGCUGGGAGCAAGGCGCCUGUCCACCGAGCCGAGCUCUAGUGCCAUCACCGCAGCCCCGGAAUUGGACGUUGAUGACCUUGAAAAGUUCCGCCUCGCCAAACACGCCCGACCAGUUCCCGUAUCACCAUCAUACUUCUCGCGUACCCCAAGGUUCAACGAUCGGUACCUCGCGAUCGAGCGACUCUCCCGGUCCUGCAGCCACCUCCCCGUGAUCCCGGCUGCCGACGUCGUGCACGUCGGCUGGAAAUCCUUACCAGAUCUUAGGCGAGCGUUCGGGGAACCCGUGAAAGCGACCGACUACGCUAAGUGCCUCAAACUCAUCAAGAGGUUACAGCUGAUCCACCCAAACGCCCAGCCGAAGGAGUUGGGGCAGGCGCUGGAAGAAUUUAAGCGCGAUAUACAGGCCCUUCGAAAUGUGGCCAACCCGAUACCUAUCGACAAAUUUGGGAGGGCUCUGGGAGUAGGGAAGAGAAAGUCAUCCUCGGCAAGAGCCUUUGUCCUCGAGGGGCAGGGCGAGGUACUCAUCAAUGGCAAGACGCUAGCGGAGUAUUUUGGCCGGGUCCACGACAGGGAGAGCGCCGUUUGGGCUCUACAUGCGACGGAGCGGCUCGACAAGUACAAUGUAUGGGCAAGGGUUGACGGGGGCGGUACGACGGGCCAAGCAGAAGCAUUAACACUUGCUAUUGCGAAGGGUCUAAUUGCCCAUGAGCCUACCCUGAAAUCCGCAUUAAGAAAAGCUGGCUGCAUUACCCGCGAUCGGAGGACAGUGGAAAGGAAAAAGGCCGGCUUCCAAAAGGCCAGGAAGGGCCAAACCUGGGUCAAGAGAUAG